UAUCUUUUUUGUUAGAAUUGCCUAAGUCUGAAAGGGUUCCCUAACAAGGUUCUAAACAAUAUCAUAUUUAGAGCUGGAAGGAAAUUUUAGAAAUGCAGAACAGAUAAAAUAUUUGCCUACUGUCCUAAUACUAAGUAUAAAACUUGAAUCCGGAUCCUGUUUCUAAAUUUGGUGCUCUUUACAAUUUAUCAAGCUACCCAAUGGUGCUGGUUGAUCUUGUUCAAGGCUUUCCUUCCUCAUGUUAAUCUUUUCCAUAUCCUCCCCCUUUUUAGCUUCCUUUAAAGCUCAGAGAGCCAUUAAAAAAAAAAAUCUCUGCAGGUGACAGUGCUUCCCACAUUCAUACACCUUCCUUUUCCUGUAGUAGAAUGGAACUCAAAUACAUUGAAUUGGAGGGUGUCUUACUUGGUAACUUUUUAAAAAAAAUAAAAUCCACUCACUUCUGGGUAGAAAUCAAACCUAAUCAGUUUCGUUUGUACCUAGUAAAUAGUGUUUGGGUGGGUUUCAAGACAAUAAUAGCUAAUAGAUAACAUUCAUAUAGGCACUGUGCUAAGCCCUUAACAAGUAUGAUUUUAUUUAAUUUCACUUAUUUCUACUAUUUAUCCUUAAAUAAUCUAAAAUUUUAAAUAUUUGCAGGACCAAAUCUAAGCAAUGAAUUAAUUACUCCCAUAAGGUAGUUUAUACAGUGCUGAAGUACAUUUGACAACAGCAUCAUUUUACAGAGAAACAAGAUUUGAAACUAAAGUAGUAUUCUCUCAUCACCUUAUUAUCACAAGCAUUUGUAAACCAAAGAUAAGAUACAUAAGGCAUAAAUACAAAAAAAAUACAUAAAGCGAAUCCGUGGAUUUGAAUUAUGUAAAAUCAUUAACCGAAUAUACUGAUUUUUUAAGCGAAAAAGGUUCCAUUUACAGAAUCUUUCAUAGUGGCUUUUUAAACUUUAAAGAGCUGUCAUUGACUUUGAGCCUUGACAAUGAACUAAGCGGAUUGUCCAGGCAGCAAGACGGUUUUCUCGGUCUUUUAUAUUCAGGCAACAACCAAAGUCGCACAGAGACCAAAAAGUCCAAGAUAAUAUCACUCGAUGUAUUCGAAUAAUCAAGUCUUGGCUAUAGAUUCAUUGGCUCAUUUUUGCAUUUCCCCUCACGCUCCUUCAUCCAAAAGACUACUGGGUUUCUUGGAACCGAGAUCAAAAAUCGUAGGAAACCCAUUUCACUUUUCACGGACCGGGAAGGUUUUCAAUUUUGAAUUUCCGUACCCAUUUAGGUCAGGAUAGUCACGUGGUCUGUCACGUGUCCGAAAACUUCGUUCCAAUGCUCCAACUGCUUGGAGCAAGGAGCUCGGUAAGGUCAGAGUUACCCUUACAACUGCCUCCCUUCGAGAACCGAAUGGAAACGACACUCUCCAGAUUCCGAACACCAAUUUUUCUACAAACCUCCUCUACGGCAGCUCUGGCUCAGCCCAAGCAAAAACUACAGCUAAAGAGAAGGAGGAGUCUCUUCUCGCGCGCACUGAUUCCAAAAUUGUCUGUGCUGCCUCCUCCCCUUCUCUCUUCCAAGGCAGGAAGCUAAAAAGAAAACUUUUCCCAAACAUCCCCAAAUAUGCUUUUAUCUCUAAAGAAGAAGUCGCUUUUACUUCCAAGUAGGGGCUUUGGUCACUGCUCUUUUCUCCCCUCAAGUACUUCAAAAGCAGAACUACUUUUUUGUCUUCUCACUCCGCUUGGACUGCGGCAGUUACGCCGUCAUCAGCGUCGGAAACGUCACGACGUCGUGAGGUCGCUACGCUGCAUGGCUACAGGAAAGAGUCGGAGUUAGGAGGAGGGGGAGGGCUGGACCCUAAAGUGAAUAUCUCCGUUAGGCCCCACCGCGGCCUAGGGCAGUCCACCUUUUGGAAGCUUUCCCUCUCGGGUUAUGGCUGAACACUCGGCUUCCAGACAUCCUGUGCCUCCCAUUGAGUCGGAACUCUAUUUCCUCAUCGCUCGGUACCUGUCUGCCGGUCCUUGCAGGAGAGCAGCCCAGGUGCUGGUACAGGAACUGGAACAGUACCAGUUGUUGCCGAAGAGACUGGAUUGGGAAGGCAAUGAAUAUGACUGGAAAUAUGAAGACUUGGUCUUGUCAAAUAAGCAUGUGGCACCUGAUCAUCUGUUGCAAAUCUGUCAGCGUAUUGGCCCUAUACUGGAUAAAGAAAUUCCACCUUGUAUUUCCAGAGUUACAUCUUUACUUGGUGCAGGAAGGCAGUCUUUGCUACGUACUGCAAAAGAUUGCCGGGAUACAGUUUGGAAGGGCUCUGCUUUUGCUGCUCUUCAUAGAGGAAGACCACCUGAAAUGCCGGUAAAUUAUGGUUCUCCACCAAACCUUGUGGAGAUAAAUUAUGCAAGACAACUUACGGGAUGUGCCUCGUUUAGCAUGGCAUUUCCAGGAAGUAUGUAUCAACACAUUAAAAUGCACAGGAGGAUUUUGGGACAUCUCUCUGCUGUUUACUGUGUUGCAUUUGAUAGAACAGGACACAGAAUCUUUACUGGUUCAGAUGAUUGUUUGGUAAAGAUAUGGUCAACACAUAAUGGCAGGUUGUUGGCCACAUUGAGAGGCCAUUCCGCAGAAAUUUCUGAUAUGGCUGUGAACUAUGAAAAUACUAUGAUCGCUGCAGGAAGUUGUGAUAAAAUAAUUAGAGUGUGGUGCUUGAGAACUUGCGCCCCAGUUGCUGUGCUUCAGGGGCACACUGGAUCAAUUACAUCUUUACAGUUUAGUCCAAAGGCUAAUGGUUCUGAGAGAUACAUGGUGUCUACUGGUGCAGAUGGAACGGUUUGCUUUUGGCAGUGGGACUUAAAUUCCAUGAAAUUCAGUAAUCGUCCUUUGAAAUUCACUGAAAAACCUAGACCUGGGGUUCAAAUGCUUUGUUCAUCUUUUAGUGUUGGUGGCAUGUUCUUAGCAACAGGUAGUACUGAUCAUGUAAUCAGAAUGUAUUUUUUGGGCUUCGAAAUGCCUGAAAAAAUAGCAGAACUUGAAAGCCACACUGACAAAGUUGAUAGCAUCCAGUUUUCUAACAAUGGUGAUCGCUUCUUAAGUGGUAGCAGAGAUGGAACAGCAAGAAUUUGGAAAUUUGAACAACCAGAAUGGAAAAGUAUUUUACUGGAUAUGGCAACAAGAUUGUCACGCGACUUAUGUUCUGAGGAAGAGAAAUUUAUGAAACCUAAAGUAACAAUGAUAGCUUGGAACCGGAAUGAUACCCUUGUUGUCACUGCUGUAAACGACCAUGUACUCAAAGUAUGGGAUUCUCAUACUGGACAGCUACUUCAUAACUUGGUGGGACAUACAGAUGAAGUAUUUGUUUUGGAGACACAUCCCUUUGAUUCCCGGAUUAUGCUAUCUGCAGGUCAUGAUGGAAAUAUAUUUAUAUGGGAUAUUACAAAAGGCAUUAAGACAAAGCAUUACUUCAAUAUGAUUGAGGGACAAGGACAUGGAGCUGUAUUUGACUGUAAAUUUUCAUCAGAUGGGCAGCAUUUUGCUUGUACAGAUUCUCAUGGACAUUUGCUGAUUUUUGGAUUUGGAUGCAGUAAACCUUAUGAGAAGAUUCCUGAUCAGAUGUUCUUUCAUACUGACUACCGACCCUUGAUUCGUGAUUCAAACAAUUAUGUCUUAGAUGAACAGACCCAACAGGCUCCUCAUCUUAUGCCUCCUCCAUUUUUGGUGGAUGUAGAUGGCAAUCCUCACCCAACUAAAUAUCAAAGAUUAGUACCAGGAAGAGAGAAUUCCGCAGAUGAACAUUUAGUUCCUCAGCUUGGAUAUGUGGCAACAAGUGAUGGAGAGGUCAUUGAACAGAUAAUAAGCCAACAUACCAAUGAUGUGGAUGAACAAAACCCAGAAGCCAGAGUUGUUCUUGAUGGAAUGAUAAGACAGUUACAACAACAGCAAGAUCAGAGAAUAGGAGCAAACCAAGAUGUUUUUCGAAAUGAUUUUCCAGAUGGGGAAGAAACACCGAGAAGAGGUUUUAGAAGACUAAGUUUAGAUGUUCAGUCCCCUCCAAACAUUGGCCUACGUCGUAGUGGGCAAGUUGAAGGCGUCCGUCAGAUGCAUCAGAACGCGCCCCGGAGUCAGAUCGCCACGGAACGGGACCUGCAAGCUUGGAAACGAAGGGUGGUCGUGCCCGAAGUGCCGCUGAGUAUAUUUCGAAAGCUGGAAGACUAUAGAAUUGGAAAAGGUGAGGAAGAGAGAAAUCUUUAUAUAACAGAAAGAAAAAGGAAGCCUCUUCAGCUAACUCAAAAGAUGAUCUCAGUGUCUCAGUCUAGAAAACGGAUUUCUAGAUCUAAAUAUUCAGAUUAUGACAUAAAAAAUAAUUUUGGACAACUUGAAUCAUCAUCUGAAGAAGGAAAUGAAUCCCUUAACUUCAUAAGACAGGACACUUCGACUCCAGAUCAAAGUGAGGAUUCUGGCAGUUCUGAAGAAGACGAGGAAGAGGAAGAGGAAGAGGAAGAAUGGAAAAGUGAAGGGAAAAGUGAAAGUGACAGUUCCAGUGAUUCUUCAGCCAGAUACUCUGAUUGGAGGGCUGAUGUUGGCCUUAAUCUCCAGCCUCCUUUGAGAACCUCGUCUCGCCGUAGAAUUAUACGGUACUGCAGUAGCUCCGAAGAUGAAGUGUCCUUUGAGAAGUUAUCUACUCCAAAGAGAAGACGAAAGAGAAGGAAAAAAUGUAAACCUAAGAAGUCGAAUUUGCAGAGGAUGACUCCAGCUGAGCUUGCAAAUAUUGAACAUUUAUAUGAAUUUCAUCCCCCUGUUUGGAUAACAGAUACUACCCUGAGGAAAUCUCCAUUUGUUCCCCAGAUGGGUGAUGAGGUAAUCUAUUUUCGACAAGGUCAUGAAGCUUAUAUUGAGGCAGUUAGGAGAAAUAAUAUUUAUGAACUGAACCCCAGCAAGGAGCCAUGGAAGAAGAUGGAUCUCAGAGAUCAAGAAUUGGUAAAAAUAGUUGGGAUGCGGUAUGAGGUUGGUCCCCCUACACUCUGUUGCCUUAAGCUCGCUUUUAUAGAUCCAGCCACUGGAAAGCUUCUGGACAAGUCCUUCUCUCUUAAAUAUCAUGAUAUGCCAGAUGUUAUUGACUUUCUUGUACUGCGUCAAUUUUACGACGAAGCACGUCAGAGGAAUUGGCAAGCUCGUGACAGAUUUCGGUCCAUAAUCGAUGAUGCUUGGUGGUUUGGAACAGUGUUAAGUCAAGAACCCUUUCAGCCACAAUAUCCAGAUAGUCAUUUCCAGUGUUACAAUGUUAAGUGGGACAAUACUGAAAUAGAAAAGCUUAGUCCAUGGGAUAUGGAGCCAAUUCCUGAUAAUGUUGAUCCACCUGAAGAAUUGGGAGCUAGUAUCUCAGUGACUUCAGAUGAGCUAGAGAAGUUGUUAUACAAACCCCAGAUUGGUGAAUGGGGUAAAAAAUCCCGGGACGAAGAAUGUGAAAGAAUCAUCAAUGGCAUUGAUCAGCUUUUGAAUCUUGAUAUGGCUGCAGCUUUUGCAGGUCCAGUUGAUCUGUGUACAUACCCAAAGUAUUGUACAGUGGUAGCCUAUCCAACAGAUCUUUACACAAUUCGGAUGAGACUUGUCCAUCGAUUUUACAGGAGGAUUUCUGCCUUAGUCUGGGAAGUAAGGUAUAUAGAACAUAAUGCCAGAACCUUUAAUGAGCCUGAAAGUGCUAUUGCAAGAUCAGCUAAGAAGAUCACGGACCAACUUCUAAAAUUCAUUAACAAUCAAGACUGCACAAAUAUUUCUGAGUUUUAUAAUACUACUGAAGAUGACAUGCAAAGCUGCACAGAUGCUGAUGAUUUGGAUGAGCAUGAUCUUCCUAAAUCCUCUUCUGGAAGAAUAAGAGAGCAUCAUUGGAAGAAAAGGAACAGCAAUAAAACUAAAUAUGAUAAAAAUAACUGGCAGAGACAAUGUAAAGAACUAGUGGACUUAAUUUUCCAGUGUGAAGAUUCUGAGCCAUUUAGACAUCCAGUUGAUUUGGUUGAGUAUCCAGACUAUAGAGAUAUUAUAGACACUCCAAUGGACUUUGGGACAGUGAGGGAGACGCUAGAAGCAGGAAAUUAUGACAACCCGCUGGAAUUUUGCAAAGAUAUUCGAUUAAUAUUUAGUAAUGCUAAAGCAUAUACACCAAACAAAAGGUCAAAGAUUUACAGCAUGACUCUUAGAUUAUCUGCAUUAUUUGAGGAAAAAAUAAGGAGAAUUUCCUCUGAUUUUAAAAUUGGGCAAAAAUAUAAUGAAAAAUUGCGAAGAAGUCAACGGUGUAAGAAAAGGCAAGGUUCUACAUGUGGCUACCCGUCGAGCAAAUUCAGGCGAGGGAGGCACGAGCCAUCGACGUCCCAGGCCCGCGCCAGGCCCGAGGUGGAGGGCUCUCCUACUCAGUCUACCUCCAACAGGGCCGCUUGGUCUUCGAGCCAGAAGACUGCCGUGAGCUUCUCCGCCAACGGGACUUCUAGCGAUUCAUCUGACUCUUCUUCAUCAUCAUCAUCAUCGUCGUCUUCAUCGGAGAAAAGGAGACGCGCCAGACCCGCCACGCCCACCAGUUCCACCGUGUUAACUGCUUCCAGUAGUUCGGAAGAAAGUAGAGAGAACUCUGAAACUAAUAAACUCUUACUACGAAACGGGAUCAACAAAGGCAGAAGCAGAAACUUCAUUGCAACUAGAAAUAGAACUUCCCAAAGGAAAAAUGGUUCUGUCUUAGAAAAUGGUUGUGGUAGAAAAGCUAUACGCAAAAGGGUUUACUUAAGUGACUCUGAUAAUUCGGUGCCGACUAGUGAAACGAUCAAAAACAAAUCUGGAAGUCACCGCAAAAUCCCCCGCAAGUGUGCUGCUGUUGCUGCUAAUAAGAUAAAACUAAUGAGUGAUGCAGAAGAAGAUUUGAGCUCAGGAAGUAUUUGCUCUAUGAGCAAAAACAGCAGGAAAUUGCCUCACCGAAAUGCCUCUGCUGCAGCUAAAAAAAAGUUGUUGUAUAAUUCUGAGGAUGAUCAAAGUUUAAAGACAGGAAGCGAAAAAGAACUAAAACACCCAAAUCAGCCAGCACUAGAGUCGUAUUCUGGUGCUGCUCGGAAAAGCGUCCGUGAAGCUGAAAAUGGCAGUUCUGAGUCUGAAAAUAAUUCAGCGGUGUCCCAGAAGAAUUGGCAGGCUAAUGGUUAUAAAGCUCACGCUGCCACGGGAGGUCCGACAAAGUUUCCCUUAAUCGAAUCUUCUGAAGAUUCCGAAGGCUAUAAUUCAGGAAACAACAGUAAGAGAACUCCUGGUCCAUCCACUUCGACUCAGAAAUCCAAGGCCAGGAGGAGCUCUAGGGAGAAUGUGGAUUCUGAGCCAGGUGAAUGGAGUGGCCGACGGUGCAAGAGAGCGUGUGCCGUAUUCAGGAAAGCCAAAGUCCUAAGUGACUCGGAGGACUCGGCGGAGGAGCAAAGAGGCGGCAAAGAAGCCGAACUGGGGAGCACAUCUCGGAACUCGCGGGAGCUGAGGGACGCGCCUCUCGCUGUCUCCAGGCCCUAUUUGGAGCAUGAAUCUGAAACAGAUUUGGAUUCUGACCACAGUUACCGGGGCGGCGCAGGAGCCCGUAAAAGGACCGCAGAUGCCAUGACAGAUUCAGUAUCCCAAGAAAAUGGACAUAGUGGAAAAGCUUCUAGGAAAAGGAUAUGCUCCAGCGACUCAGACAGCAAUUCGGAAGAAGUUAAACCAUCAAAAGGGAAAAUUGGUUUCCGAAGGAUUCCACGAAGAUGUGCUGCAAUGGCUGCCAAUAAAAUAAGGUUAAUGAGUGAUGAAGAAGAUUUUAAUUCUGAACAUUUGUGCACCAGAAGCAACGGGUACAGGAAAAAGGCCCUUAACUGUGCUUCCACGAAACCGAAGGCUACAUCGGAUGGCUCUGAAGGAAAUGCGAGUUUAAAGAGCGAAACACUGUCCAAUGAACAGAGUACCUCUGAAGAUCAGCUCCUUGAUACUGGCUCGGAUAGUAGCAGGAAAAAUGUCGGUGAGUCUGUCCACGAGGACUUGGACUCGGAGAGCAGUCCGACGUGGCGUAGCGCUCGCCUGCAGCCCAGCAGUGCUGCAUCUCACGCAAUAAAAAAUGCUCUGCUUGAAUCUUCACAUGGAAGCUCCAAAAGCCAUCAGCCAGAAGAUGCUAAUAGCAGGAAAGGUCCUUACCAGUCGACUUUGGCACAGAGAUCCACUUCAGAGAACAGUGUUGAAGAGGAGAUGGGUUCUGGGGUAGGAAAGUGGAGAGGUAAAAGGACCCGAAGGAAAACGAGUCAGAAGGUCCUUUUCAGAAAGGCAAAGGUUCCUCGUGGUUUGCAAGACACAACAGAGUCUGAAAAGGGGAGGAAGAGAAAGUGCUCUGAAUCGGAAAUACUGGAAGCGUCUGAAAAAACAAGCAGCUCAAAGACUAGUCCCAAAUGUGAAUCAGACUUGGGAACAGAAACCGAUUCAGAUACUACCUAUAGUGAUAACGUACAAACAAACAAGAGAAAAAGGAAUAGGAAAGCAAAUGUCCUUAGAAGAGGUGGUAAUACCUUUAAAGGGAACCUGUCGAAGCCAAUGAGGUUACUGAGAAAAAGCAAGCGACCGAGGUUAAGGCUAGAUGAUAAUGACUGGGAGGAUUUGGACUAUGCAAAAACUCAAAGAGCUCCACGGCGUUCAAAAAUAAGAACAAGAAAUCAGGGUAGAAGAACUGUAAGAUACAAUUAUGGGGAUGAUGACAGAGUUUUAGAUGUAGAAAAUGUUUUUGAUACAGGUGAUUGCACCUUAUGACCUUGAGGAAAACCAGUUCAUUUUUUAGAGGAAUUGAACUGGAAUUCGUGGUGAAUUUUGGCUGUUCCGGUGAUUUUUUUUUUUUUUUGGUUCUAUGAUUCAGGGAAUAUAUUUAUAUUUUUCUAUGAAAAAGUUAUGAAUGUCACUAAAUCAUGACUGUCCUUUUCCUUAUUUUUCUUUGACUUUGCUUAGGUAGCAGCAUUUAGCACAGGUGCCAAAAUAAGUUUCAUUUGGGGGCAGCUCUCAAUUUUGACUCUAUGUGACUACAUACAGCAAGACUAUAAAGUCUGUUUUAUGUCUAUAAUAAACACUAGACAGCUGACUAGUAUUAAAUGAUCAUUAUUUUCACAGUACAAGUUAACACUUUGCAUAUAGUUACUACUUUAUUAAAUUCUUCAGUAGGUCUUAGUUUCUGUUCUCGUUUGGGUAACAAUUUCACGUGAGGGUUUACAGAUAACUCUUCACGAGAGCAGACUGACAUUAAGAUCAUGGGAAGAGGAACUCUUGACUAGGUAGACUGAUCCUUUAACCAUUUUGUUUUGGUUCUUGUUAGAAACUCUUCUUGCCACCGCAGUUCAAUACAGAAUAUCAGCUUGA